AUGCGGUGCAGAUGGACGUCUCCUUCAAACAGGCCAUCCUGGUGGCCCUGCGGACGCUCCCUCCACCCGUGGGAUCAGCUUCACCCAGCCAGGCGCUACGGCAGCAGGAGCCGAGGCAGUGGAGGACGACAAGGGCGCGGUGAUCGCGGAGAUUCUCAAG